GAUCACGGCCCCGCAAACGGCCCCAUCAGCCACGACCUUGUUAAUCCACCAGAAGAUCGUCCCAAACAUGUCGGAUACGCCGUCUCAAGAGCGGGGCGAGUCCUUCGACUCUCCUCAAUCUUAUAAGAUCCACGUCGCGUCCAAAUAUCUCGACUUGACUACCCAAAAGUUCGACACAGCCCGUCUACCGAAUGACUUUGGACAACCUGAGGGUGAAGAAUGGGCCGAUGGGACGCCCAAGCGGGUUAUCGAAGAGCUGAUUGACCAUUGGCAGGAACGCUUCGACUGGCGUAAGCAGGAAGCCCAACUGAACCGGUUACCGAACUUUAGAGUUCCUAUUGAAGUCGACGGGUUCGGGACGCUCCGCAUUCAUUUCCUAUGGCGGAGGAGUUUGAGGCCGGAUGCCAUUCCGGUAAUCAUGGUGCAUGGGUGGCCGGGCAGCUUCUGGGAGUUUUCGAAAAUGAUUGAACCAUUGGCCAAUCCACCGGAUAUGGGUAUGCCGGCGUUUAAUGUCGUUGUUCCUUCCCUGCCCGGUUACGCCUUCUCCGACGGUCCCAAAAAACCCGGCUUCGGGGCGAAAAAGAUGGCCGAAGCCAUGGACAAACUCAUGAAGAAGCUCGGAUAUGAACACUACGUCGCUCAAGGUGGAGACUGGGGCUGCCUAAUCUGCCGUUUCCUCGCCCUCCAAUACCCCCAAAAUGUCCGGGCAAUCCAUGUCAACUUUCUCCAUGUGAAGCCGCCGACAUUGUUCUCCCACCCGGUAAAGUGCCUAAAGCUUUCUCUGGCGAUGGCCUCCAACGGAAGGUUCCCAGGGGCGUACACUCCCGAGGAAGUUGCUGGCUGGAAGAGGACAAAGAAGUUCUACACUGAAGAGAUAGGGUAUCAGGCCAUUCACGGGACGAAGCCAAUGACAUUAGCCUACGGAUUGACAGAUUCCCCGGUUGGAUUGUUAGCAUGGAUGAGAGAGAAGAUGCAUUCUUGGACUGACAACUAUCCCUGGACGAAUGACGAAGUCCUAACUUGGUUCAUGCUAUACUGGACCCCCGGCCCGCACCAAGGCACUAGACUAUACAAAGAAGCCUCACGUGAGAUUGAAGAAGGGACAUCAAAAUGGAGCAAUGUCCCAAUGGGCUUCAGUAGCUUUGUAAAGGAGAUUGUGAUGCCGCCGAGCGAUUGGGCGAGCAUGCUGCACCCGCUCAAGUUUUACAGGAAACACAAUUCGGGGGGACACUUUGCUGCUUGGGAGAAGCCGCAGGAACUCACCAACGACGUUCGGGACUUUUUCAAGGGGAUUGUGGGGAAGGAUAAGGUUUUGCAGUUACAAAUUCAGCAACAGCAUUCCGUGACCGGAAGUAAUGGUACUACCGGGGUGACUGUGAGUAUGUGCACGCCAGCUGGGGCGACGAAUGGGGUUUGAGACAUUCCAGGGGAUUUUUUGCUUUUCUCUUUUCGGGGGAAUUGGAAUUGGGUAGGAUCCGGAAUACAUAUCAUUGUUUUUUUUCUUCACGCUUUUGUUCGAGAUAUACUACGUGGAUUAUGUAAUACCUCCGUACCGUAGUACAAACUGUCAUAUUUGUUUCAUAA